AUGGCAGGCGAUGAAACGAAAGCUACAAUGACAGUAGAAGAAGCAAUAAAAGAAAUACGAUCGAUGCAGCUGCAACAUGACUCCGAUAUCAAAACAACAGGAGAAUCAAUCCAGAAAAUUCAAGCCAAAAUUGCCACUAGCAACGAUGAAACUAACAAAAAAAUGAAAGAAGAGUUUCAGAAUAUCAACGAACAAUUAACAUCUCAAAUAACAUCAAUCCAUGCUCAAGUUAACACGACAUUAACAAAUCUUAAACAAGAAAUGGCCAAAUUCAUGGUCGAAGAAAUUCAAAAACUUAACAGCGAAAAACAGACGGUAAGAGUCGAAUCAAACGACUCAUUGACAACGUUGAUAAAAGAAAUAAAAGAAAUGAAGCGCGACAUAGCUGAUAUUAGAAACGUACAAUCAAAUGACGAUCAUGUACAACAGCUCGACAGCCAUCCAAAUGGUGUGUUGUUCUCAUCAACAUCCAAACAAUUUCAACAAGAUCAAAACACGCCAUCCACAACAUUAAAUAACGAUGUAUUAUCCAUUCACUCAAACUCAUCGAUUCUUAACAAUAACCGACCACAGACAGUAUUUCUUCCCACUUCAACAAAUGCACCUGUUUUUCAUGGAAAGCCAACAGAUCGUCCGUGGCAAUUUCUCAUUCGCAUCGAAGAAUAUACAGAAACGGUUCACAUGUGGGGAGAAGACUUAUUAUUACGUGGAAUAUCACAAUUUUUAAAAGAUACAGCACUAGAUUGGUACUGCCAAUUACGUAGCUGUAACUGUCUACCAAGAACAUGGGCAGAAUUCAAACAGGCAUUCGUUAAGCAAUUUAAUUCCCCAAUUAGAAUUGCACAAAAAAUUCAAGAAUGGAAAGAAUGUAAACAAAACCAGGAUGAAACAAUGAAUGAAUUUAUUAUACGUUUACGAGCCUUAUGGAUCGAACAGUUUCCUCUAGAAACAGAAACUGACCUAAUCAAGCACCUUUUCUGCAAAAUGCGGCCCGAUAUAUUAAACAUCAUGGGAUGUCCAAAGAUUAAUUCUUUACAAGAAAUCUUAACCGAAGCACAAAGAGUCGAAGAAAUUAUUUAUCAUCGUCAAAAACAAUAUAAUACAGGUAAACGAACAUUUUCAAACUCAAAUUACAAUAAUAAUAAUAACUACUAUAAAAACAACAAUUCCAUACCUAAACCAAACGACUGGUCACAAACAAACAAUAACGGUGCAUAUAAAAAUGAUCGUCAACAAACUCAAGGAAAUCAAGAAAGUCAACAACAAAAGGUGUGCUAUUACUGUGGCAAAUAUAAUCACCAAUCACGCGACUGCUGGUACAAGAAACAAAGCAGCACCGUCGACUCCGAUCAAACAACAUCAACUUCAAAAAACGAAUAG